GGGAUUUCCGGAAGCGAAGGUCCUGCUCUGCUUUGCCUCCUAUUGGUGAGACUGUGUAUGAGUGAAAACCCAGAAGACACUUGACAACCGAGCUACUAAGAAUGGACUCACAAGAAUCGGUGACCUUUGAGGAUGUAGCUGUAGACUUCACUCAGGAAGAGUGGACCCUGCUGGACAGGUCCCAGAGAAAACUCUUCAGAGAUGUGAUGCUGGAGAACAUCAGUCACCUGGUCUCAAUUGAUAGGGAAGAUGAUCUUAAAAAACAAGAAAUGAUAUUCGUGCAACAUAUCUGCAAGAAGGACACAACAUUAAUCAGUGCAAUGCAGAGAUCUCACACUCAAGAGGAUACUUUUGAAUACAAUGAUUUCGGAGAAAAUUUUACUGAAAUACUAACAUGGACUCAAUAUGUGGUACCUAAAAUGGGAAAGAAUCCCUAUAUCAGCAAAGAAUGUGGAAAAGACAGCAGUUAUUUGACAUCUUUUAAUACACAUAAGCAGAGUCACACUACAAGUAAAUCAUACGAAUGUCAUCAACGUGGGAAUGCCUUUAUUCAAAGCUCUGCCCGUAGACAAACCAAUAAUACUCAAAAUGGAGAGAAAACAUUUGAAUGUCAUGAAUGUGGGAAAGCCUUCGGAAAAAGUUCCAACCUUAGGCGACAUGAGAUGAUUCACACUGGAGUGAAACCACAUGGAUGCCAUCUGUGUGGGAAAGCCUUCACUCAUUGCUCUGACCUUAGGAAGCAUGAGAGAACGCACACGGGAGAGAAAUCAUAUGGAUGCCAUCUAUGUGGGAAAGCCUUCAGUAAGAGUUAUAACCUUAGGCGACACGAGAUGAUUCACACCAGGAAAAAACCCCAUGGAUGCCAUCUAUGUGGGAAAGCCUUCACCCACUGUUCUGACCUUAACAAACAUGAAAGAACUCACUUUGGAGAGAAACCAUAUGGGUGCCAUCUAUGCGGGAAGACAUUCAGUAAAACUUCUUACCUUAGACAACAUGAGCGAACUCAUAAUGGAGAGAAACCAUAUGAGUGUCAUCUGUGUGGGAAGGCGUUCACUCACUGUUCUCACCUGAGAAAACAUGAGAGAACUCACACUGGAGAGAAACCAUACGAAUGUCAUCUGUGUGGGAAAGCUUUCACUGAAUCUUCUGUCCUUAGACGACACGAGAGAACGCACACUGGAGAGAAACCGUAUGAGUGUCAUCUCUGUUGGAAAGCCUUUACUGAUUCUUCUGUCCUUAAACGACAUGAGAGAACUCACACUGGAGAGAAACCGUAUGAAUGUCACCUAUGUGGGAAAGCUUUCAAUCACUCUUCUGUCCUUAGACGACAUGAGAGAACCCAUACCGGUGAGAAACCAUAUGAAUGCAAUGUAUGUGGCAAAGCCUUCAAUAGAAGCUAUAACUUUAGACUGCAUAAGAGAAUCCACACUGGAGAGAAACCAUAUAAAUGUUUUGUAUGCGGGAAAGCCUUCAGUAAAUAUUUUAACCUUAGACAACACGAGAAAAUACAUGUUAAGGUAAUAAAUGUGGAAGACUCACCACCUAUAGCUUCAAACUACAAACACUCUUGAGGGCUCAAAUACUCAAGAAACACCAUAUUUAUAAUCAGUGUGGGAGAGCAUUUAUUCAUCCUUAUUACUUCAUUCAACUGAAGGUAAUCCAAAGUGGAGAGAAUCAGUAUGUGGGUCAUCUAUAUGACAAAACCUUUAGAUAAUGGACUGACAUGGAAGGAUGUAAAUGAAGUGAGUGAGGAAGAAUUUUCAUCCACAGUUCCGUCAAACAAAACGGAGAAGUUACAUGUCAGAGAAAAUAUGUCUGUAAUCAGUGCAGAAAUACUUUGAUUUAUCCUUUUGUGCAGGGGAGUCUAGAUCUGUAAUCACUAUGCACUCAUUCAAUUUAGCAACUCAUUUGGCAUGCAGAAGAAAUCUGCUAAAACAAGAAGUAACUGGGGAAAAAAAUCAUUACUAGGAAGACAAGAGAAUUUUGUUGCCAAAGGGUUGUGUUCAGUGAGAACUAGGACAUGAAAGAGACUGAGGAUAUUUGGAGUAUCCUAUUUCCAGGAUGCCUGACACACUCACGCUAACAUCUGUAGUGACAAAGCACUGCCUUAGCAGCAAAAACCACAGUUUGGCACAGCUGAAAGCUGAAGCAGACAAUCCAACUUUGCCCAUAUCCCUGACACACCAGCCACGAAUGCAUGUACCACCCAAGUGAGGAGACCUGUGUGUCCCAGUUCCCCCCACAGGCAAAUGCAGAAAGCCAGGAGACCAGCUUACAGGCCAAGUCAUUGGUCCUCACUCACUUGAGUGUGACUGGUCCUCGUUCACACGUGGCAAGAAAGAGAAUGCAGAUGCUUAUAAUUAAUUUAUAACGUUAUGAGUGAGUAUGCAAUGCCCUUGUCAAUCCCCACUUUAUCUCUGCCCUUUGGUUUGGAGAUAUUAUUGAUGUGUCCUCACACUAAUUUGUUUUCUAUGUGUAAAGUCUUAAACUCACCCAUUAAUGUCACCAACAGGACAUAGUUUCCCAAACCUAGAACUAUUGAAUUUCUCCAUCUUCUCAUGUUUCUUAUAACUUCUAUUUUGUGUAGUAAUAUUAUAAAUUUUCCUCCUAACUCCAAUCUAAAGAUAGAUAUGGAUUUGUGCAUUGUGUCUUUUUUUUCCCAUCACCUUUCCUGCUGCUUUACAAAAAUGGUUUUGUAUUUUUUAAUUUCACACAUUGUUUUGAAAAAAAGGGAGACUGAAGUUGAUAUGGUUUUACCCAGACAAGUUUAUUUUUCUCUUAGAGUGAGGAAACAUCACUUCUUCCAUCCAGGAGUUGGAAUAGACUCAGGCUAGGUGGCAGCUUUGAUUUCAUUCAGACAUUCAUGUCUUUCAGGUCAUUCCUCUAGAUUUAUUGAAGAUACCUUCCAAAGUAGUAUAAACUGCGAAGACAAAACGCUUUCUUUUUCUCUUUAUCCGCACCUAAAAACCUAUGGGGAAAAGGAUCCCAGUACUGGAGAUUCUCUAUAUUUCAAUCAGCCUGUGUCAGUCCACAUGUUUAUAUAUCCAUCUACUUGUUAUUUCCUCAUAGUGAUUUUGCCCAUGAUUUUCACUGUCUAUACGAAGCAAAUUCCCCCAGGUGUGGAAAUCAGAUGGUCUCUUCCUGGUUCUUAGAGUCCUCUCUGGUUUCACAAAUCUCUGAAUCUAAAACAUCUAAUUUCCUGUUGUCUGUCUUGUCUCUACUCAACAUCUUACCUGGAAGCAGAAGCCUCAAUAUUUUGCUUGAACAGAUUUCCAGCUGAUUUUGUUCUCAGUCAAGAAAAGCUGCCUAUUUCUCUGGACUGUCCUUCCGUGGUGUUCAUUCCCAGAUGCUUCAGUAGAAAAAGCCAGUAUGAAUAUGAAAAUCACAUCACCAAGCUUCCCUUUAAGACUGUAUCACGUCAUCUGAACAGGCUACACCUCAGUGCCUCUGUGCAGUUGCUUGUGUACUUUAGUUUCACUGCUGUCACUGGUUAGUUGGUCCAGUACAAGCUACUCAGGGCCAAAAUGGAAAUAAUUCACCUGGAGACAUUUUAAACCAAAGAAUGAUUCAUCUCUAUUUUUAAUGCAUAAUAUAUUUGUCAGAAUUUUGAAAAUAGUAACUAUUUAUAUUCUCCAGUUUACAAGUUGGAAUCACAUUAAAACUUUGAUACUUUCUCAUGGGCUUAAUUAUCUACACUUCCCUAACUUAAUUUCUUGGUACUGUGUUUGUAUCAAACACCCAUAGGUCAGCCAUACAAACCAGUUGUGCUGGGUUCUGAUGGAGGUCAGCAUACAUUUCAUUCUUGUGCCAAAUGCCUGGCCUUCUCAGCCCUGGGCUUCCAUGCUGAUGUCCAAGGGUGAAAUACCCUAUUAUCGAAGCACACACGGGCACAGCCGGGUUUUCCUUUGAGGACUGUGUCAGCAAUUGUGUGUGUGGGCAGAGGGCACAUGGUGAUUAUAUGACCUGUAUACAGUCAUGUUUCCUUGUUUCUGUGAUUUUAGAAAGCAUAGGUCAUUAUGGUGUCUGAGAGUAUGUGAUCAAUGUGGAAGGUACACAGGUGACUGUCAGAACACAGACACGUGUUACCAGAUCUCAUCUGCGCACAUGCACGUGUCAGGGUUUGCAUGUGUUGAGGGUGUUGUGUCCAGUGUGGGAUCAGUGUGUGUGAUGACCGUCUUAGAGGGCACACGAGGUAGAAAGCACCAGCUCAGCAGUUCAGGAAAGACUCACAGAGCACACCCACAGGGGAGCCUGGGAAAAGUGAAACCAGCAUUGUGGGGUCAGGCCUGUGGGACUUGCAGGGGCUCUGGAGAAGGGAAGACUAGAAUCCAGGGUCUGAACAGUUCAGAGAUGUGGGAGCUGUGGGCACCAGGGAUGGGGGCUCUGAGUGAGAGUGUUAAGUUUGGGCAGAAGGUUGAGGAGUGAGUUAUAGAGCUAUGUGGUGGAGAGCCUAUAGGUUGGGGGAUCAAGGAUUCUAAAUUCUCCACCAGGGGAAAGGACCAAAGCUACUUUGAAGCAAAACCCCAAAGCAAAAAUGUGAAGUGAUACAUACUGGUGGAGGAAGGGGCAGGUGCAGAAACACCUGAAUAGGGUAGGUGGGGCAUGGACUGCUCACACUGGCUCCCUGUUUCUCAAGGCCCAGCACCAUCUCACCGAAGCCUCACUGCCCCUGCCCCUUCCUGGGGGAAGCCCCUCUUUGACCAACACUACCUGCCCUAUAGCUUCCUGCUGAGCUAGAAGCAGAUUUGCUGGAGCAAAAGUACCACCCAAGUGGACCAGGUGCUCCUGUCUUCGAGACUCAAAUCCUGCAUUCGCUGGCACCUCUCCUCCCCACCCAUGCUUCACACCUGGUUGCAGGAGUCCCAGCAGAUAGCACAGUCCACGCACCUGCCCAUACCAUCAGCAGGGAGACCCCCUGAGAGGCUCAGGACACUGGCUGUUCUGCCACCAGGUCUCACUCACUUCGUUUCUAGUUAAAACGGAUGGGAAGCUAUCCCUGUUUGGACUUUCUGCCUUUGGAUUCUUCACCGUCUCCUGUCCCAACGCUAUGACAAGUCACAUUUAGGGAAGUGGAUUAUUGCCUUUCACCAUCAAUCCUGUUGGCCCUCCAGACCAUCCCCCAGGCGCCAUGCCAUUCCCGGUCCUAGCAUUCUGCAGACCCCAGUCCUCUCCUGAGAUCCCUCUUCUGUUCUCCUGGGAGCUGCGCCCUGCUGUUUCUCAGGCCCGCCCUUCAGGCUGCCUCAGGAAGGUCCCAGGGUGAGGGGGGGCCGCCGACCUCUCCUGUUCCAAAUGUCACCUUCCGUGCUGUGUCUGGCACGGUAUGUUUACAUUCCCAGUGUGUCACUGGGAAGUGGGCUCUUCCUAGGAGGGCAUCUUUAGUACAUCCACAUGGAUGUCUAGUCGGGUGUGGGAUACGGAGGAAAGAACACGUCACAGAGGGAGAGCAAUAAGGGAGACGGAACAAGUCAGAGAAAGUAAGGUCGAAUGGGAGUAAAAUAAAGGAUGGGGGGCAGGUGGAUCCAAUGGGCUCAUAAAGACAUAAUGGCACCACAAGAAGAGUGAUCUAGACAAGAAUCAGUGGGGUCAUCAGGGAGGGAGGACAGAACAGACGCCUUAAUAGGGGCAUAGGACACAGGAAGAGCUAAUUAUCAUGUUUUUAAAAUUUUUUAAAUUACUUUCCCCUCAAAAUUUAUUGUCACGAGGCCUCAGUGUUUUUCAGUAUCAUAUACUGAAAAUAUUCUUCAGUCCUUGUUAAAUAAUUUUACAUUAUCUCAAUAUGUAGUUUGUAAAGACAUUAGAUUUUUUAUAUUAACUAGUAAAACCCUGUUUAACCAGCUAGUCUAUUAUCAGCAGUACCCUUGCUUUCUUUACGUGAUCUUUUGACUCAAUGAGCAGUGAGCUCAACAUGACUGAUAAAUUGCACAGAGCCAUUUCUAUGGCAAACUUCUCAGGUUUUCCUGGAUCUUUUCCUUAAAAUUUUCAUGCAGUCAAACAUAAAACCUUCCCUUCAUGCCCUCUUUCUUGCCUUCCUGUGAAAGGGCUCCAACUGUUAUUAUAAAAUAUUACUUUCUGAGAAAACAGACUUCAUCAACAUGCCAGGACACUUUUCUACUGUCUUCCUCUCAAAGAACACUGAUUAGACAAUCAUCCAGCAUGAGAGGGCCUUUGUGGAAAUUCGGGAGCCCAGCAGAGAAGGUCCAGCACACUGCUGGAGCAAGGAAAUAAGAAGAAGUCGUCAAAGACUAGGUGCAUUAAAAAGGAUUAAGAGUAACAGUUUCACUUUAACUGGAUCACCAUUCUCCCGAAAUGGCACAUCUCAGUGGCACAUCCUGACCCAUGUUUUCUCCCACGGGAGAAAGGGAGAGCAUCUAAGUGAGUGACCUGCUCCUCUAGCCAGAGGCGCCCAGGUCUUCCUGCACUCCCUUCAAUACUGGGCUGUGGUGCAUGACCUGGGGCGGGGAAGCCCCUGUGAAAAGAGCAGGUGGAGGUCUUACAGGGCAACGGAAGAGAUGCGGAUCCUACUAACUCCACUGCAGACUCCAUCAGGAAGCCUGUCCAUGAGCUGCCAGGGACACUGCACCUCUGAACCCCCCAGUGCUCAGUGCACAUCACCCACACAUCUCUCAACCUGGUGGUCAGCUACCUGAGUGCGCUCCCAACUGCGUCCAGAGUGAGCCUCGCAGGAGGCUAGAGAGCAUGCAGACAACGCUGGCCCAACUCUGUGGGACUGUGCGUCAACACUAAACAGGAGCAUUUAGCACCACACUAGGGAAAGCAAAGGGAAGGCUGUCAGCACCUGGCCUGGCUUUGCAGUAUCAAGAGAAGGCCUAUAAUCAGGAAUUCCACAGCUCCCAAGAGGAGACAAGAAGUGCAGAGCAGGACCAUACAUAGAAAAGGUGUGAGAGAGGAUACAGCAAAUUCAAGAUUUGUUUUUUUACCAAAGUCUGGCAAGAUUUAAAAGAACAUGGGCACCUGGGUGGCUCAGUCAGUUAAGUAUCCAACUCUUGAUUUUGUCUCAGGUCCUGAUCUCAGGGUCGUGAGAUCGAGCCCCACACUGGGCUCAAAGCUCAGCAGGGAAUCUGCUUAAGAUUCUCUCUCCCUCUGCCCUCUGGACUUCCCGCCGCUCAUGUUCUUGCUCUUUCAAAUAAAAAAAUACAUCUGUUUUGGGCGCCUGGGUGGCUCAGUCGUUAAGCGACUGCCUUCGGC